GGAAGUAAAUGGAUUUUGUUGUUUGAGCAUCAUUUGUCCUGACAGCAUAUAUAUAAUUAGUAGUCGCUAUAGUUGUACUUACUUAUUUUAUUUUAUUUAAUUAAAUCAGUAUUUUAAGCAUUAAAGCUGGAACGGUUAUCUCGUCUAUUUAACCCCGCGCGCAAACUCAAACCAAUAAUCCCUCCUCCAACUCCAAACCCCAUAUAAUAUAUAUUUAAUUAUUUCCUUUCUUCAAAAAAAAAAAACAUGGUAGUAGUUCCUUUGAGAAGCAAAAAAUCUCGGGCGGCGGUUGGAGUUCCGGUAAUAGAUCUCAGCCUGGAAAGGUCAAAGCUAUGCGAAUCCAUUACAAAAGCAUGCCAAGAGUUUGGAUUUUUCCAGGUCGAAAACCAUGGAAUUUCAAGUGAUAUUAUAUCAAGAGUUGAAAUGGAGGGCCUUGAUUUUUUCUCAAAACCUGCAUGCCACAAGCAACGGGCCGGGCCUCCAAGCCCAUUUGGUUAUGGUUGCAAGAACAUCGGGUUCAAUGGCGAUAAAGGCGACCUCGAAUAUCUUCUAAUGGAGGCUAAUCCUCAUUCUAUUGCUGAGAGAUCCAAAUCCAUCUCCACUGAUCCCACAAAGUUCAGCUGUGCUGUGAAUGAUUACACAGAAGCGGUUAGAAAGCUGGCAUGUGAGAUACUUGAAAUGGUGGCUGAAGGACUGUGGGUCCCAGAUAAAUCUAUUUUCAGUGACCUCAUUAAAGAUGUUAACAGCGACUCUUGCUUCCGAAUCAAUCACUAUCCUCCUUCACUCAACGAUCAUAUUUCCAUCGACGACGAUAAUAAUAAUUGGAUUAAUAAUAAUAUUGAUAAUAACCCUAAACCCGGCCAACUGUUUGAUAAUAUUAAUAAUAAUCAUAGCACCACCAAAACUCGAAUCGGGUUUGGAGAGCACUCAGACCCUCAGAUUCUCACAAUCUUGCGAUCCAACAACGUCGGUGGCCUUCAAAUCUUGUCCCGAGAUGGAUUGUGGAUUCCUAUUCCUCCUGAUUCGGAUAAAUUUUGCGUUUUUGUCGGUGAUGCUUUUCAGGCGAUGACUAAUGGGAGAUUUGUGAGCGUGAGGCAUAGGGCGAUGGCGAACUCGGUGAAGCCAAGAACGUCGAUGAUGUAUUUUGCAGCACCGCCGCUGAAUGCAUGCAUAACUCCAAUACCGCAGCUUGUCUCGAUUGAAAAUCCAUGUAUGUAUCGGCCAUUCACAUGGGGGGAGUUUAAGACAACUGCGUAUUCAUUACGAUUGGCCGAUCAUCGUCUCGAUUUGUUCAAAAAACAACAUAUUGUGUAAUAAUUAUUUUCCUUAGAUUGUCUCUGUCAUUUUAUUAUUUAUUUCUUUGCCGUGGAAUUAGGAGUAUGUAGGGUAUACAUGAUCAUGUAGCUGCACAUGUAUAUGUUGCACUCAUGUUUUAGAGUGGCCGGGGUCUAUGUGUGUAUUUACUUUCAAUAUGCAUGUAGAGAGAGAGAGAGAGAGAGAGAGAGAGAGAGAGAGAGAGAGAGAGAGAGAGAGAGAGAGAGAGAGAGAGAGAGAGAGAGAGUAAAUUAUCAUGAUUUGAGGUGCUUACCAUGUAUGUCUCGUACUUAAUAAAUACUAUUAGCAUAAAGUCAACUUUAA